AUGAGGUUUUUCACUCCCGGAACUCAGGCUCAGCCUCCUAUGGAGGCCGUGGUGGACACUCCGAAUGGGGAGAGCGACAAGGAGAAGGGGGUUGGAGUCAACACCCAAGAUCAGCAGAAUGUCGACACCGAUGCCGAUACUAUCUCAUCAGAUUUGCAGGCGGGUGUGAAAGACAUGGAGGCGAUCACCUCCGUCUGGAGCACGCAACACUUGAUCCUAGCAUACGCUCUGAUCUGGAUCAUCUACUUCGUGGAUGCCAUGCAACAGGGAAUGAGCGGGGCUCUCACUCCCUAUGUCACCAGUAGCUUCCAGUUGCACUCCUUGACCGCUACCACGGGAAUCGUGUCAGGUCUCGUCGGAGGUAUCUUCAAGCUGCCUCUAGCUAAGAUUCUUGACAUCUGGGGUCGGCCACAGGGGUUCCUGAUAAUGGUUUGCUUUUUGGUACUCGGUCUCGUCAUGAUGGCUGCGUGCCAAAACGUCGAAACUUAUGCUGCUGCUCAAGUUUUCUAUUGGGUCGGAUACAAUGGAUUGAGUUUCACCCUUGGUAUAUUCGUCGCCGACACAUCUGCCCUCAAGAACCGUGCUUUUAUGUUUGCGUUUAUCUCCUCCCCAUAUAUCGCUACCGUCUGGAUUGGUGGGCCUCUCGCGACCGCUUUCUUGAAAGGUCCUGGCUUCCGAUGGGGAUUUGGCGCAUUUGCUAUCAUCACCCUCUUCAUCUGCAUGCCCCUAUAUGCCCUCUUCGCCUACAAUUACAACAAGGCUAAGAAAGCCGGUUUGACUCACCAGCACUCAAGCGGGCGCACCUUCCUCCAGUCCGUUAAAUACUACGCCAUCGAAUUCGACAUCUUCGGCAUCCUCCUCAUCUGUGCAGGUCUUGCAUUAUUCCUGCUCCCAUUCAAUCUCGUGUUCAACCAACCCCUGGGCUGGAAAUCACCUAUGAUCAUCUGUAUGAUCGUGUUUGGAAUCGUCGCUAUUGGAUGCUUUGCCGUAUGGGAGAAAUACUUCGCGCCAGUCAAGUUCAUGCCAUGGGAGCUACUCGCAGACCGCACCAUCCUCGGCGCCUGUGUCCUCGCCGCGGUUCUUUUCAUCAGUUUCUACAUCUGGGAUAGUUACUUCACGUCAUUCCUACAAGUGGUCCAAAAUCUUACCAUCACCGAAUCUAGCUACAUUGUAAACAUCUACAGCAUCGGUUCCUGCUUCUGGGCUCUUGUCACUGGAGUUUUGAUCCGAUGGACUGGACGUUUCAAGUGGUUGGCACUAUACUUCGGUAUCCCAUUGACAAUUCUUGGUGUUGCGUUGAUGAUCAAUUUCCGUCAGCCAGAUGUAAACAUCGGCUACAUUAUCAUGUGCCAGAUCUUCAUCGCCUUGGCCGGUGGGACUCUGGUCAUCUGCGAUCAAAUGGCCGCCAUGGCCGCUACCACGCAUCAAUACAUCGCUGUUGUUCUCGCUGUUGAGGGCAUGUUCUCCAACAUUGGCGGUGCCAUCGGUUCCACUGUAGCUGGAGCCAUCUGGCAGGGUGUGUUCCCCGAACGGUUGAUGAGAUAUCUUCCUGAGGAGGACAAGGCGGAUUUUGCAAAUAUAUAUGGCCAGCUCCCAGUUCAGCUGUCAUACCCAGUUGGGUCUGCAACCAGACAUGCUAUUAACAGGGCUUAUGGAGAUGCGCAGAGACUUAUGUUGAUUGGUGGUUCCACGGUGUUGAUUCUUGCUCUUGUUUCUGUCAUUGUAUGGAGGGAUAUUAGGGUGAAGGACUUUAAUCAAGUGAAGGGAAGGGUUAUCAAGAUAUGA